AUGUCAUCUGCUUACACAUGUAUUACGUGUCAUGUCGCUUUUGCUGGUGGCGAUAUUCAACGUGCUCAUUACAAAACUGAUUGGCAUCGCUAUAAUCUAAAACGUAAAGUAGCUGAUCUAGGUCCAAUUACUGCCGAAGAUUUUCAAGAAAAAGUUGCUGUCAUUCAAAAAUUAGACAAGACUGAUCAGAGUACACCAGAAAGAUCGUCAUUAUUAUGUACACAAUGUGGAAAACAGUUUUCAUCUGAAAAUGGUCUAUUGAACCAUUUAAAGUCUCGGAAACAUAUUGAAUACGCCAAACAUGCUUUAGAAAAUACUGAACCGUUCAAACCACAACAAUUAAAAAUUGUGCAAGAGCCAGUAGAUACCGUGGAAAUAAGUGAAAAUGAUGAAGAUUGGGAAGAUAUGGAUGAUGGAGACAAUAGUGUUACAGACUCAAUAGAAAAAUUGGGAAAUGCCCUUCACGUAGAAGAAUGUUUAUUUUGUUCAUAUCAAUCGUCCAGUCUCGAUGAAAAUCUUAUCCAUAUGGCAAAUGAACAUACAUUUUUUUUACCAGACGUUGACUAUUUAAAAGAUGUUCAAAGUCUCAUAAAACAUUUGGAUGAAAAAGUUGGCAUCUAUCAUGUUUGUUUGUGGUGUAAUAAAAAACAAUAUAGAAAUCUUCUAGCUGUACAACGACAUAUGAUGGAUAAAGGUCAUUGUAAAAUUCGUUUCGAUGAAAAUCCAGAUGAUAGUUUCGAAUAUGUCGAUUAUUAUGAUUAUACCUAUCCGGAUCAUGAUCAACAUCAAGAUAAAGUAGAUGAACAAGAUGUGGAUUUGAAUUCAAUUGAUACAACUGGCUAUGAACUUGCGUUACCAUCAGGUAAAAAAGUUGGUCAUCGAACAUUGAUGAGAUAUUAUCGUCAAAGUUUUGGAACUAGAAAUAAUGAAAAAUCUAUUGAUUUAAUGGAUAGAGUCAAAGCGAAAUAUCGAGCUCUAGGAUGGCAUGGCCAUGGCACGACUGGUGAAGUAUUUCAACGUAAAAUACGUGAUUUAAAAUAUAUGCAACAGUGGAAGUCUAAACAUUAUAUGAAACUUGGUGUUAAUAAUAAUAUGCUUCAACAUCAUUUUCGAGAACAAGUGAACUUUUAA